AGGAGCAGCAGAGCGCAGAGCCGCCGCCGAGGCAGGCGAAGCAGGAGCAAGAGCAGGAGGAGCAGGCGCGUCGGCGAGGCUGGGCUGGAGCGCCAUCGUGGAGCAGAGGCAGAGGCAGAAGCAGCCCGUGCCAAGCCGGCUGCGAGCAUGAAUGGCCGGGCAGGAAGGAGCCUCCAUCUUGGGCCGCCCCCCGACCAAACCCCACAGCGGUUCCUGCUCAGGCAGCAGCUUGGACGAGAGCCGCCCAGACGCCCAGUAGAUGUGGUCACCUUGCCCAGAUCAGAGUCGGCACAAUGGCUCCGGUGGUGGAGGUCACAGACGUCAGCCACUCCAGCUCCCUCCUGGUCCAGCUGAACGAGCAGCGCCUGCGCGGCCAGUUUUGCGACAUCACCAUCAUCGCGGAAGACACCAAGUUCAAGGCCCAUAAGAACGUCCUCGCCGCCUCCAGCCCCUACUUCAAGGAAGUGCUCUCCGAGGAGUCGGUGUGCCGCCAAGCAGGCCAGAUCCUGGAGCUUCCCGACAUCCAAGCCGACGUCUUCUCCGACAUCCUCAACUUCAUCUACAACUCCCACCUCUCAGUGCCCAGCCCGGCGGCCGCGAAGGAGAUUGGAGCCGUCGGCCGGCGCCUCGGCAUCUCCCGCUUGGAGGACUUGGAUGACUCCUCAGCAGGGGCCAAGAUGGACGACUCCGGUGCGGCCAGCCCCUCCAGGCCUUGCGGGUCGCCGAUCGACCUCACCUGCUCUUCCCGCUUAGCCGAGCCUUCCAGCCCUUUCUGUUUGGAGGAAUCGACCAAAGCACUCAGCCCAGUGGAAGAUGCUCGGCCUGAUGCCGAACAAGAGACGGCCAAGAUCCUGUACAACCUCAGCUCGGUUGCCGCGGUGCCACCGCCAACUCCAGACCUUGCUUUUGCGCUGAAAGGAAGUAAUGCUUGGGACCAGGACACUUCUCCCUCUGCUUCUGUCACCAACAAUGACAACCCGGUCCAGGCGCCUUCGUCCCCGCCGGGAGCUCCGUAUCCGGCCAGUAGCACUUUUUGCUGCGGAACCUGCGGCCGCAGCUUCACCACGUCUUCGGCGCUCAGCCUCCACAUGAAGCUGCACCGGACGCGGCGUUCCUUGUCCUGCCGGCACUGCGGGAAGAGCUUCAUUCACAUCAAACGGCUACAGACGCAUGAAGUCUUAUGCAAGGAGGUGGAGGAGCCCAAGGAGAACGCUUUAGGAGGCAGUGACACACCGUCGGACCCCGUCCUGCCUCCCAAGCCGGCGGCAGCAUCCGCCUCUACCAAGAAAGGCAUGAUGUUCCGCCACCGCAGCCUGCCGCGCAUGGACUAUAUCUCCGACCAAGACCACUUUGUCAAAGUGGUGGACGGCCACAUCAUCUAUUUCUGCACUGUCUGCGAGCGAUCCUACAUGACCCUUUCGAGCCUCAAGCGCCACUCCAACGUCCAUUCGUGGCGGCGGAAAUACCCGUGCCGUUACUGCGACAAGGUCUUUGCCCUGGCUGAGUACCGCACCAAGCACGAGGUCUGGCACACGGGGGAACGGCGAUACCAGUGCAUCUUCUGCUGGGAGACAUUUGUCACUUACUACAACCUGAAGACCCACCAGAAAGCCUUCCAUGGAAUCAACCCUGGUCUCAUCUCUUCAGAAAAGACCCCCAACGGCGGCUAUAAGCCUAAGCUCAACGCUCUGAAACUCUACCGGCUCUUGCCUAUGCGCUCCCAAAAAAGGCCCUACAAGACUUACAGCCAAGGGCUGGUCCCAGAUAACCUCUUGCUCUCCACUCAGCCCAUCCCUAUGACGUUGGGGGAAAACGACUCUUUAGAUGGAAACUUAGUCUCCUCGUUGGGUCCCAGCGAUGUCUUCGCAACCAAUGGCAGCACCUUGGAUCUGCCAGAGGGAGAAUGCUUUCAGCAGCAAGACGCCAUCCGGGAGAUGCCUGUGCUCCCACCAAUCGAUGACGCAGUCCAGCCGGACGAGCGGCCAGGGGCUGCGGCGGAGGCCCCCACGGUCAUCGCCUAUGGGAGGCCAACUUCUUCUGUGAUCGUCCAUAGUACUUCGGUGAAAUCACAGGCCCCUUCGGUGAUCACAUAUAACAGCAAGUCUUCAGAUCCAUCGUUAGAUCCGGGGCCUCCGCCUCUCCUGCCGCAGACUCUGCCUUCCACGAUUGUGACCAAACCCAUCAAGAAACAAGUACUCAAGGAAUACAUCCAGUCCCAGAAGACGGAUGAGCGGGUCUCAGAAGAGAAUGGGUCUGAACACGGGCACAGAGCGAAGGGUCCACGGGCCGGGCGUACCAUGACUUACAUGGCAAAGCCAGCAUACGUAGGGACCGCCUCCGAAAACCGCGCUGCACCACUCUGCCAGAUCACGGUGCGCAUCGGUGAAGAAGCCAUCGUCAAGCGGCGGAUCUCAGAGACGGAUCUCAUGCUGGAUAAAGGCAGCCGUGUCGGAGGCAGGCGCUUCGAUUUCGGUUGGGACCAGAAUGGUGACAAGCAGCCACCACCGCUGCUGGGACCUCAUGGCACAUAUGCUAAUGAGAGCGGCGAGGAGGAGAGCGACCGGGGAGAUGCCGAAGACCAGCUCUGGCGACCGUAUUACAGCUACAAGCCCAAACGGAAGACGUGCAGCGGCGGUGGCACCAGCAACGCCAUGCCAAAGGUGAAGAAGUCGCGGUGGCGUCGCAAGUUGCGUUCCCUGCGCUGGUUGAAACGCACUGAGAAGGAUAAGGAGGCUGAGGAAGAAGAAGAGGAGGAAGAGGAAGAAGAGGAGGUCAAAGACGAUGCCAGCAUGGGGACCAGCGAGCCAAUGUCCACUGAUGCACCCGGGGGCACUUCGGAGGGCGAAGGAACGGAUCAAGCACCCAAAACCGGGAGUGGACGGGGCUCGGAGUGGAAGCACGAGUGCAGCAUUUGUGGCAAACUCUUCUCCGCUCUCAAGAAACUGAGAAAACACGAGCGGGUGCACGGGCGGUUCGGGAAGGAGGACCAUUCCUUGGCGUCCAUGCUGGGCACUCCCCACCGUGUGGGCCGCAAGCCUCUGGCGAGGUUCACCUGCACCCAUUGCACAAAGGUCUGCAAGACCGCCGCAGCGCUCAGCCGCCACAUGAAGCGGCAUGAGAACAAGGAGCCGGAAGCCCCGCCAUCUCCAGCUCUCCCCUUGCCGACUCCCACCACCGUCAUCGCCUACUCCAAGAAGACCCCCGACGUGCCCCCAGCACCCCCUCUCUCGCCCAUCGUCAAGGAAGAGACCACUCAAGAGAUGCAGGUGUCAUCCUCCAGCGGGGAAGCCCCUGUUAUCCAACAGGAAGCGCCGGAGGACGACCCUCCGCCAAUGGACCUAACGCCGUACGACGUCCGGACUCUGGCACCGAUGCUGCCGGUGGAGAGCUCCCCUCUGCCGGAGGAAGGCGGCUCCCCUUUCUCCGAACACAUCCCCUCCCAACCGCCCGUCCUGGAGGCUGUCCCCGGCCUCGUGGAAGUGCCCCCGAGUUUGCCGCACUCCCUCCAAGACCCUGUCAUCUCGCACACCGGCUUGGUCCAGAAGGAGGUCCUAGUGCCGCCAGCACCACAGCCGCCGGACCUGGAAGAGGAGCGAUACCCGGUCCAGGAGUACCCGUUGCCGCUACUGGUUCCGGGAAGCUGCCGGACCCGGAAGGACUUAGAGGACAAGGCUUCGUUCCUGGCCUACCCGAGCGCCAUCCAGUUCAACAAGGCGGGCGGCAGCGACGGGGACGGCAAGAUGGGCUUCUACCCGGACCCCUACCCGUUAAUGUAUGGGCACCAGCUCUUGGCGGCGGCCUACCCAUACAAUUUCACUCUGCCGGUGGCAUUGAACAUGGUGGUCCCCGACGACAAGGGUCAGCCUUUGCCCUUCCUGCCCAGCGUCUUCAGCUACUCCAUGAACCCGUGCCGCAGCGAGGUCCACGAGGCCGGCGCCGGAACCAAUGGGGCGGCCGUGGCGAUGGGCACCGCCGCCGGCGUUCUCCGCGAGGGCAGAGGAGAACCGGCGGGCGCUUCGGAGCGGCUGAAGAAAGGAGCCCUUCUUUGAGAGACAAAAGGGGGUUUGCUUUGCGGGGAGAGGAGCACCGGGGACGGGGGAAAGGAGAGUCGGAUGCGUGCCUGGGAGUGUGUGCGUGCGGAUUGGAACGAGGAUUGUGUUUCCGCCAUGCGUGUGUCGGAUCGGUGGGCGUCUCCGAUCCGACCCUGCUUCACAUCUAUUGAAGCACAUCCGUUGUGUCUUGAGUGGGGACUGUAAAAAAAUAGUUAAAUAGCAAAAAAAAUAGGUACAGGGUAACCCCUCUUCUCCCCAGAACCCCCGAAUCCCCCGUUCCCUCCAGAUGAAUGUCUUGCUCAGUAGACACUGUUAGUGAAUUUGCACAACCCGCCCUGCUCUCUCCGUGAACCCCGUUGUUCCGCCACGUCUUCGCCGUGUCCUGUGGUGUCGUCGCAGCUGUUCCUUUCACCCGCCAGUCUUGCAGCGUGCACAAAGGGGAGUUGAAGUGAGGGUGCAUUUGCACUAGGCGCCGGGCGACUUUGGCCCUUCGUCCGGGUGUUUUGGACUUCAACUCGGCCGUUCCUAACAGCCUCAGGCCCGUUCCUUUUGCCCCUCCGCCGCUUAAGCGGCGGAGGGGCAAAAGGAAAGGGCCUGAGGCUGUUAGGAACGGCCGAGUUGAAGUCCAAAACACCCGGACGAAGGGCCGAAGUUGCCCCGCAUGCAGCUUGAUAUUGUUGCAUCGGGGCAUUGUUGUCCCUCCCCAAAAUGGGCCGCUUUGCUUCUGGCCUUCCUGUUUGUUUUCUUUGCUCAGAGCAGCUGCUGCGGCAGGAGCUUUGGAGAGAUUCCCCCGCCCUUCCUUGCUUUGCUCUUUCCCUCUCCGGCCUUGUUUUGUUUUGCAGCCUCCAUGAGAUGAAUCACAUUUUCCUUUUGGCAGGAGAGGAAGGGAAGGAGAGGGAAGGAGAAGAGGGCAGCCUUGCGUGAAGCAGCGCAGCUUCUCCCUGACGAAAGCAAGGGAUGUCCUGCAGAGUAGGAAGCUAAGUGCACAUCAUGCACCUACUCGUGUCCUUCCCCAGUUAGGAGUCGUGCAGGAUUGCAACGCCCAUCACCCACUGCAAAAAUAAUUUAGGAUGCAGGAAGGAACAUACUGCAGAAACUUAAAUGCACAUCAUGCACCUACUCAUCUCCUUCCCCAGUUAGGAGUCGUGCAGGAUUGCAACUCCCAUCAUCCACUGCAAAAAUAAUUUAGGAUGCAGGAAGGAACAUACUGCAGAAACCUAAAUGCACACAUGUCCUUCCCUAAUUAUAAGUCAUAUAGGAUUGCAACUCCCAUCAUUUACAGCAGACAUAGUUUAGGAUGCAGGAAGGGAUGCACUGCGGAAA